AUGAUUCCGAGUCUCCUUGGCUUUGCAUCAGUCUAUGUCAGUAGCUUUGAGGACAAGAGUCAUCAGAAAGGUAGCUGGAGGGUGUGGGGCUCAGGGCCAACCAGUGACAGGGUGACUGCCAUUGCCCCUGUCGCCCUACCUGCAGCCAACCAGUUCCCACCCUACCUACCCUACACCCACCGCAACUUCUUCUUCCACGGGACCAUCAUCCCGCCCGAGGCCAACCACACCUACCUUGGCAACGCCUUUGAGCAUUGUCUGCUCAACGCAUCCCGGGCGCCUGGAGACUACUUGGAGCAGAGGAGUGCAGAGGAGUGUGGUGCAUUCUGUGGGGUUGCUGCUGGGGAUUGCCAACCCCUGUGCAGCGGGCAUGGCAUGUGCUCCUUCAGUGAGUCUGUGCAGGAAUCAGUAUACACCUGCGAUAGCAACUUCGACAACCAGGCCGGACUGCCCUCGUGCUCCUACAGUGGUGUGUAUACACAAACAACAGCAGUCUCCCUGGCAGGUGCAGCAGCGCAACCAUUCAAUGGCACCAUCAUCCUCACGCCCCCCACCAGCAACACGUCAGGAGCAGCACAGUGCAGCGCCCAUCUGCCUCUUCCUUUUCAUCGACAACCCUGGCCCGUGUAG